AUGGUUUAUACAGUCCCUCUCAUAAUCUUCAUGGACGAUGUCUUGGGCAAUAUUUUGAAGCAGUGGAACAAGCACCACACUAUUUAUAUGUCAAAUGCAAACUUACCUCGUGAAAUGCUCGAGAAGGCAUUCUUUGUGCGAUUUGUCACAUCAUCACCCCACGCUGCUCCAAUGGAACUGAUGCGAGCAAUGAAAGAUUCUCUUUGUAAUGCAGCGCAGUCUGGCAUUGUUGCAUGGGACUGUAAAGAUGAGGAGGAAGUUAUGCUCAUUCCGUGUGGACUUUUUCUUGCCGGCGAUAAUCCUAUGCAAGCCGAGGAAUGCAGCCAUGCAGGCCUUAAUUGCAACUAUUUCUGCAGGACAUGUAACGUCGGCGGCACAAAAGAAUACAAGGCAUCCGAAGAGGGUUACAACAGUAUAUUCAAGUCAGGUAGUUUACGAACACCUGAAAAGACCACCGACGACAUUCAACAUCAAUUUGAAGCUGCAAUGAAAUCGGGUGCCACGACAAAAGUGCAGAGUGCCGUUUCUUCCACAGGUGUUCGUGACAGUGCCUCAGCAUCCAUCCUCGAGUCUCUCGUAGAACUCGGAAAGAAACUCCGCAAACGAGUGCCAGGUUUACCAGCAACAUCCGAAAGCAAGAUCACAGCAGCGCUCAAAAAGGAGUUUGAUAAAUUAUUACGAGGUACCACACUCAAUGAUGCAAUGAAUCCGUUGUUUUGGAUGAACGGUAAGCUUGGUCAAUGUCAUUCGUGUUGCACUCACAAUAUUGUCUCACAGGGAUCAACAUCCACUUGGAUACGCCGACUGAAAUUCUCCAUACAGUAUUUUUGGGGUCAGAGCGUGUUUAUCCUGGAGAAAGCCAAGCUGCUGCACAUUUUUCAGAACCGCCUUGAGUCUGUUGACAAAGACGGACUGAACGCACCCUCUCUGAAUGGUGACUAUAUAUGUCAUUAUAAAGGCAGCUUAAUAGGUAAACAUUUCAAGAGCCUAGCCCAAGUUAUGCCCUUCCUGGUGUAUGACCUCGUCCCCCAGACGGUCCUCAAUGGGUGGUCCGUUAUCGCAGAACUUGUCACGCUCAUUUGGCACACAACAAUACCAGAUACUGAAGAAUAUCUCGUCAGUUUAUGCUACUUAAGUGUUGAAAGGUGUCAUGAACUAACUGAUCUUCUUUAA